AUGGAUUCGUUCAGCACCAUUAUGGCGAGAGACAUCUCUGAUGCGCCAAACGCGUCAGUGGUGAACCUCAUGAUCGCCCUGCUCGUCCUCAUCUUCGUCGGCCUCUUGUCCUUCGCGAUGCUCAUCCUCUUCCGGAGGAUCCGGAAACAGAGGCAGGUGCGCUCCGAGACGUUGCCGCAGUACAACGACGUGAAGCGGACGGGCAACCACCGGCGCCUGACCAUCUCGACGGGCCCCGGCGGCGCCGGCCGGUCGAGCGUCAUCGUCUUCAAGGACGGCCAGCCCAUGCUGUCGAACCCGCAGUCGCCGCCCCACUCCCCGGACAACGUUCCGCAGAUCCACAUCACGUUCCCCGACGAGCACGAUGACAACGGCAGGCCCAAGAGCGGCCGCGUCGUCAUCGUCCGCGUCGGAGAGACCACGGUCGGCCUCGAGCCCCUGUCCGACGACCAGCUUCCCGCGUACGAGAAGGAGAGCAAGACUCAGUUCUACUCCCUCGACCUCGAGAAGAUAGGCGGCCUUCGUGAGAAGGAGUACCGUUAA